GAGAGAAAGUGGAGUGCCAGGGAGUGCGAGGGAGUGCGAGGGAGGAGACGGACAGAUAUCACAACUAGUCGUCGUCGGGGCGCGGAGCACACAAUCUCGGCGGUGAAUGUCUGUUGGGGCCACUGUUCCAACAACGUCAUCGAUCACACGAAAGAGUGAUGAAGCAUCGGCACACACAGCGGCGAUAAAACUCACACCCCGCCGGGAAGGAGGCGUAAUGAGCGGAGACUGGGAAAAACCGUGUACGACUUCCUGAGAGCGAGAGGGAGAGCGAGAGGCCGAGGAGUGUUUUUUUUUUUUUUUUUUUUUUUUUUUUUCCUUCAUAAAAACCCUUUGUGCAGCCUGACAUACCCAUUUGCAUCUUCUUAACCCUGCAGUACCGAUCUCGCCCAGUGCCGCCAUCUCUCCGUCAUUCCAAUGCGCUGAGCAUCUGCCGUCAUUGUUUGUCUGCUAAGGGUUUGGAAUGUGUUAAUUUAAGGUUGGGCGUGUUUUUUGCGCAAGUUUGGCGAUGGAAUUCGGCUUGGUCAAGGGAUGGUGGUGAUGUGGGUGGUUGCCCGUGAGGGGUGGCGACCUUGGUAAAUUGUGCGUUGUAGGUGGUGUGUGGAGGGUUUGGUGCGAGAGGGUGGGUGAUGGUGAGAGUGGUGGUCUGUGACGAGGCUAUGUGAACGGGCUAUGGGAUUAGUCUCGGUUGGUGUAGGAGCGUGCGUGGGACACGCGGGGUGGAGUUCGAGAGAGGGGCUAUGGGCACGGGAAUUGGUAGCAAUGAUGUUGCUUCGCAAUCGUCGUCUUCUUCUUCAUCAGGUCAGCAUCUCGUGCAGCUGUCGAACUUUGCGCCCGUUGUUCCAACCCCUGCAAGAGGCGGACGGAACAGACGAGAGAAUGCUGGGUUGAGAAGCUCCCUUUCUGUGCCAAGUUUCGCCACAUAUUGGAAGGUCCCCGUGGAAGACUCUGGAGGUGGAGCUUAUGGGUACCAAGCUCCGGCUCCCUCUGUGGGUUCUGGCAAGGAUGGAUCCGCUGGACCUAAGGUAAUGAAACCGAGUCGGAGCGGACCUUUGGGGAGCGAUGCAGCGCCUUAUCCAGGGAGCCAGCCCUCCAGCCGGCGUUGGUGGUGCCGUGGUUUGUCAAUUUCUGUGUUGAUUGUCCUAGGGAUCACAUUGGUGUAUUUGGGGUUUCUCCUCGGGAGAGCUUACUUGCGCAGAGCGACGCUGCAAUUCGCAAUUGUGCUUGAUGGUGGUAGCACGGGUACUCGAGUUCAUGUCCAUGGAUGGGCUCGCUCCCCGAAGGAUUCAUUGCCAGUCAUGGUGGAUCCAACGACGAAUACGCACUUGCCUGGCGCCCCGAUGCAAGUUGUGAAUGGGAAGCAGCGCCUGUACAAACGAGUGGAGACAGAGCCUGGGCUAGACAAACUGUAUCUCAAUAGUACGGGGAUUGAGAAUGCUCUUGGGCCGCUAUUGGAUUGGGCGGGCAGGCACAUCCCCCGACACGCUUAUCGUAACACGCAGGUUUUUCUUUUAGCCACUGCUGGACUGCGCAGGUUGCCAGUAGACCAGUCUGACUGGAUUCUCGACCAAGCUUGGACUGUUCUUGAAAACUCGCCUUUCAAAUGCAAGCGGUCUUCUGUGAAGGUAAUUAAGGGCAUCGAGGAAGCAUAUUACGGCUGGAUAGCGCUGAAUUACAAGUUUGGAAGGCUGGGUAAUGUUCCCAAAAAAUUGUCCAAUUACGGGACCUUGGAUCUAGGGGGGUCGUCAUUAGAAGUCACCUUUGAACCGAGAGAUGUUCCUCAUGGUGAAUACGGGAUGAAUCUAAGCGUGGGCUCUACAGAGCACCAUCUCUACGCAGCCUCAUAUGCUGGGCUUGGUUUAAACGAUGCCUUCGAGAAAUCGGUGGCGUUGUUGCUAAGGGCACAAAAUGCCACGAAGAGAGACAGAAAGAGACGUAGCAGUAACCUCUUGGAGGUUGAACAUCCUUGUUUGCAAACAGGAUACAGGGCACCGUAUAAAUGCUCUACUCACUGCGUUCUUCCUCCUCUGCCCGCGCGUAGAUCUGGACGCAACGCUCCUAGUUCUGAUGUGGGAACUGCCGCUCAGGUUGAAUUGCUAGGAGCUCCCAAUUGGGAUACCUGCCAAGCCUUGGCUGAGGAUAUCAUCAAUUCUUCAUCUGUUCAGGGUUGCUCUUUCCCUCCUUGCGCACUUGGUAAGCAUCAGCCGUAUCCCCAAGGGACGUUCUACGGACUGGCGGGUUUUUAUGUUGUGUACAAGUUUUUCGGGUUAUCCCAAGACGCACCACUUGAUGACUUACUGGCGAAAGGCCAAGACUUUUGUAAGUUACCUUGGAAGGUAGCCGAACGUAGCGUAGAUCCGCAACCUAGUAUUGAGCAGUAUUGUUUUCGGUCACCUUAUGUGACCACUUUGCUUCGAGAGGGCUUGCAUCUUCAGGACAAUCAGAUUCAAAUAGGUUCAGGAGAUUUUUCCUGGACUUUAGGUGCUGCGCUAUGGGAAGCUGGUGCACUGGAUCCUGUUGACGACACGAAGGCUCUGGGAGCAUUGCUUGGCAUGAUCCGAAUUUGGCCAUAACUGGCGAUCUUGCUACUUUUAAUAUCCAUUCUGGUGGUAGUUACUUGGUACCAAUGGAAAAUGCGAAUUAGGCGUCGUGGAGGAUAUCUCCCUGUGUCUACUUCGAGUUCGGGUUCGGGCAUGCCUGCGAGCUGGUUACCCCCUCACUUGCGCACUCGUGGUGACUCGAAGACACCACUGAGCCCACAGCCAGGAUAUAACUCGGUAUUUACGGACGAGCCUUCUACAGGAUCAAUUGAGAGUUUACAAAUGUUGGUUUCUUCUGGUGUAGCCAGUGCCAAGAUUACCCCUGAUCGAAGUAGGCUGCAAAGUCGACGGACUACUUCACGAGAUGAACUCAAUAUAUUAUUAUGACGCAGUUCCUCAUCAUUUUAGUGGUUUGAUUCAUUUGUGGGCCUAAUUUGGCUUUAUCGUUACAAUCUUAAGUUUGUUUCUACAGAGCCAUUAGCCCUUGUAUUUUUACUACUUCUGGAAAUUCCAUUCUUUUCGUCUCCUGCGUG